UACCAUAGAGAGGGGCCGGAGGCUCGGGCUACGCCGCUGCUCCCAGGCCUGCGGCGCUGCUGAGGCCGCUCCCGGAGUAGGGAUGGGGCUGCGCAUGUGCAGGCAGCUGGGCCGCCCGCUCUGGUGUCGUUGGAGCGAGGGGAAGUGGGAUAGCGGCCCGGUCCUCCACGUUCCCAGCAUCCCUUGUUGCGGCCGCUCUAUCCGUCCGUCCGUCCGUCUCUAUGGUCGGGGCACAUGGUCCGUGCGUGCGGCCGGCGCGGUCUCAUCCCGGCCUUGUCAGCAGCGCGGGGUUACCGGCAUGGCCCCCCCUACGGGUAACGUUGUGGACAGCCAGUCGCCCCGGCGUCUGGCAAACCAGCUGAGAUGGGACCUGACAGCUGAGCAGAUCGAAACCAUGGCCGCCGAGUUGACAGAGAGGACCAAACUCGUCUACGACCGGGUGGGCUCUCAGGAGCAGGGCGAGGUGUCCUACGAGAACACUCUCAAGGCCCUGGCAGAUGUGGAGGUAGAAUAUACGGUCCGUCGGAACAUGCUGGACUUCCCUCAGCACGUCUCUCCUUGCAAAGACAUCCGUGCAGCUAGCACUGAGGCUGACAAGAAGCUCUCGGAGUUUGAUGUGGAGAUGAGCAUGAGGCAGGACGUGUACCAGAGGAUUGUCUGGCUCCAGGAGAAAGCAGAGAGCGCUUCACUGAAGCCUGAAGCAAAGAGAUAUCUAGAGAGGCUGAUCAAAUUGGGUAAAAGAAACGGUCUGCAUCUCCCCGAGGAAACGCAGGAGAAAAUCAAAGCUAUUAAGAAAAAACUGAGCGUCCUUUGCAUAGAUUUCAACAAGAACCUCAAUGAGGACACCACCUUCUUGCCCUUCUCGAGGGAGGAACUAGGAGGUCUCCCUGAGGACUUCCUGAACUCCCUGGAGAAGACAGAGGAUGGCAAGUUGAAAGUCACUUUGAAAUACCCGCACUAUUUCCCUCUCCUGAAGAAGUGCUACGUGCCCGAGACAAGGAGGAAGGUGGAAGAAAUGUUCAACUCCCGGUGCAAAGAGGAGAACUGCUUGAUCCUCAAGGAGCUUGUGGACUUGCGGGCGCAGAAGGCCAGUCUCCUGGGCUUCAACACGCAUGCAGACUUUGUGCUGGAGAUGAACAUGGCUAAAAGCAGCAAGACAGUGGCAACGUUCCUGGAUGAGCUGGCCCAGAAGCUGAAACCCCUCGGGGAGAAGGAACGGUCUGUGAUCCUGGACCUGAAAAAGAAAGAGUGUGAAAAGCGUGGCCUGGAGUUUGACAACCGCAUCAAUGCCUGGGACAUGCGCUAUUACAUGAACCAGGUGGAGGAGACCAAGUACAGCGUGGACCAGAACCUGCUGAAGGAAUACUUCCCCAUGCAGGUGGUCACUACAGGCCUGUUGGCCAUCUACCAGGAGCUGCUGGGCCUCACCUUCCACCUGGAGGAGAAGGCUGAGGUCUGGCAUGAGGACGUCCAGCUCUACACGGUGAAGGACGCCUCCUCUGGGGAGACCAUUGGCAAAUUCUACCUGGACCUGUACCCAAGGGAAGGGAAGUAUGGGCAUGCAGCCUGCUUCGGCCUGCAGCCAGGCUGCCUCUUGCCAGACUCCAGCCGGCAAAUCUCAGUGGCUGCCAUGGUGGCCAACUUCACCAAGCCCACGCCGGAUGCACCUUCCCUGCUGCAGCAUGAUGAAGUGGAGACCUACUUCCAUGAAUUUGGGCACGUCAUGCACCAGCUCUGCUCUCAGGCGGAGUUUGCCAUGUUCAGCGGGACACACGUGGAGCGAGACUUUGUCGAGGCACCGUCACAGAUGCUGGAGAACUGGGUGUGGGAGAAGGAGCCGCUGCUGCGCAUGUCCAGGCACUACAAAACUGGAAGCCCCAUCCCUGAUGAGCUACUGGAGAAGCUCAUUAGAUCCCGGCAGGCAAACACGGGGCUCUUCAACUUGCGUCAGAUUGUCCUGGCCAAGGUGGACCAGGCACUGCACACUCAGACGAAGGCCGAUCCCGUGGAGGUGUUUGCCCGGCUGUGUGAGGAGGUGCUGGGUGUCCCUGCCACCCCAGGUACGAACAUGCCCGCUACUUUUGGCCACUUGGCCGGAGGCUACGAUGCCCAGUACUACGGCUACCUCUGGAGCGAAGUGUACUCCAUGGAUAUGUUCCACACGCGCUUCAAGCAGGAGGGAAUCAUGAACUGUAAGGUGGGCAUGGAUUACAGGAAUUGCAUCCUGCAUCCUGGCGGAUCCGUGGAUGCUUCCGACAUGUUGAGGAAGUUCCUGGGCCGUGAGCCCAAGCAGGAUGCCUUCCUGGCCAGCAAAGGACUGAAGGUGGAGAGCAACUCGCUGCCUUCAGCCUGCUGAGAAACUGCUUCAGCCCCGUUGAGUCGAGCCAGCUCCUUUGCCUCCACCCCAGUCCUCAGGCCGAGCAAUUCCCAGUUCUUCUGUCACCAAACACGUCCUGGGCCACCUGCGGCCUGGAGCUGUUCCUCCAGGGUCCUGCUCCGAGCUCACCCUGCACUUCAGGAGCCAGGUUCAGCUCUGAUCUGUGGUGACAGCUCUUCCAAGGAGUUGGAAUCACCUUUGUCACUCACCCACCAGGGAUGGGGCUGUCCGUGGCCCACACAAAUUGGCUGAACUUUGAACCUGAUUGCUGCACGAGGGUGAGUUUCGGCCUCGUUUAUGGCUGGGGAGGAGGGCGAGAAGAGUUGCCCCAUUUGAAUCGUUGUUUUAAAAUCCCUUCUUUGAGAAACAAGACUUCCCAAGGAGACUUACUGCCGGGCUCAGCUUCUUCUGUGCCCUGAGGCAGACUUGCUGUUCAGAGCACAAAACAAGCAGCUUGAGCAGCUGUGCUGGGAAUCAUUCUCUUCCCAUCUUUAGGCAGCCGGAGGCUGUGGACUAAAGAUGGGGAGAUUCCAGAGCUUAAAACCCUUUGCAUUUACUGGAACGUCCUACCCUGAGCCCCUCGGAUGUCCCUGCCUGGGAGAGGAGGUGGGGAGGUUGGGGGACUGAGGCAGCGCAGCUUUGCCUGCAGUCCCCGAAACAAGGGAUUUGCAGAGCAUGGCCUGACCCCCCCGCACACUGCCAGGCGUCCUCAGGAGGCUGUGGUUUCCCCCAGGCCAUAUCAGAGCUGCUGGGACCCCUCCAAAGGCAGCUGAUGCCUUCUGGGCUCGGGUCAGUGCUCUUGCUGUCACCUCUAAGCCAGGGUGGGACAGGGGAAGGCUGUGGAAAAAAAAUAAAGCGGACAGCUUCAAACAACACGGAUGCCGGGGAUAAAAAUAUCAAGCGGGCUUUGUGCCAGGCCAUGGGCUCUGGGUGCGGCGCCGAGCUGGGGGACGGCAGCCAGCCCUUUGCCCAGCCUUGGGAGCAGCUCGGCUGUGCCACCAGCUCCCCCCGGCUCUGCCCCUGUCCCCAAAAGCCCUAAACCUGCUGCCAGCACACAGCGUGCCUCUACGCUCACCUCUGUGGUGCUGUUUCUCCUGGGCAGGCAGGACGGCAGCUCAGCCGAUGCGUGCAGAGCUGUGGGUCGGAGCUGCCGCAGGGGAGCACUGACCCCAAGGGCAAAGGCGCAUUUCUGGUUUUGCUCACGUAGGAAUCAUAUGGGGGCUGAGAAGGGUUUUUAGCAGUGAGUGUGCAGGGAGGCUGUUUUCUCGGAACCAAAGGGCUGAGGAGAGGAGCUGUGGGCUCCCACUGGCAUGAGGGGUUCGUGGCAGUGGGGUAUAGAGAGCAGAUCUUAUUUUCUGAUGUCCCACCCCUCCUCCAGCCUUGGUUACUCUGUGUGACACUGUGUGAGGGCUGAGGAUUGGUCUCUGCAGCUUUUCCACAGUCUGAGCAGAUGGAGGGUGCUGGUGAGAGGCUGAGUGCUGUGCUGGCACCCACCAGCCCAUCCAGGGCAGUGCCUGGGAGCUGCCAUCCCUCCUCAGGGUCACCCAGCUCCCCGUCAUGCUGUGCUGUUCUCUUUACUUCUCUUCUCCUUUGAGCUGUGUCACCGGAGCGGCUCUGGCUUCCAUCCCCACAGCCGCAGAUAAGAGCGUUGGAAGAAACCUCAUCCCAAGUGCAGACAAAGUUGUUGCUCUUGCCUCCCUCCCCCAGACCUCCCUGGUGCCACAGGAAGGCUGGUGCCACCGCUGUCACCAGUCCCCUCCUGUGCUGACGUGUGACCGGGUCCGUAAGCAGCAAAGCAGCUCCUUGGUGCUCGCUGGGGCCAUGAUGAGCACCUUGUCUUUGUCCCCACCCUCUGUUUUUAGGCAUAGAUGAGUGUCCGUCCCGUGUGCCAGCGGCGUGGGGCCGGGUGCUCUCAAGUUGACGCUGUGGGUGUUUUUAGAGUCAUGUUUUACUGAGCUUUCAGGGUUUUCUUGCAGACCUCUUCUGUCAAGGGUGGGAGAACUGAAGCUGAACAGGGCAACUGUGCACUUCCCUCCCUCCGUCCCAGGCCACACAUAACUGUUCCUCCCUCCAGUAACCCCUGCAGCCAGGCUGAGCGGGGAUCUGGUGCUGCUCUAAGCGCUGCUCUUCCCCGACCCAGGGAGCAACACUGGCCUCCUUGGAGCUGCAUCUUCUCCCAUCAGCUCCUCAUCCCCAUCCCGACCAAAGCUGGUGGGGAAAGAGAAGGUCCUGUUUGUUUUUUUCUUUCCUGUUCACCUUUGCAAGGACAAAACUGGUCCAUGUGUGCCCUUUGGUCACCUCCCACCCUGCUUGUUUCAGUGACUGGAUUUUAGACGGUUCCUAGCACUAAUAAAGGUUUUCUUAAGUGGA